GGCUACAAGUUACACAUUUAAAAAAAAUUACAUAUGAAGCCUAUCAGCUCUAGACCUGUAAAUUUCUGUUCAUUUAGAGCUAAUACCCUAGUUUCCCAUUGCUGACUCUCCUACCCAGAGAAACAAUGUGGCUUAUAGGAUUAUAAAUGAUUUUUUGAGUUAACCAAAUUGUCUUAGGUGAACAUAAGAAAUUUGGAUGGAUCUUUGUUGAGUAUUUUUUUUCCUUUUAGAACCACAAAUGAGUAUUCAAAAUCCAUGCAAUUGGUUUGCAUAGUAUCUGUCAAGAAUAGAAGAUAAAGGAGAGUGGUCAUACAAGGCUUCUUGGUGAGACUAAUAAAGGGGGUUGUAAGUAGAAACUGCACUGCAGAGAGACAGAUCCAGUAUGGAGAAAAGUGGGACAAUCAAGGCAAUUCCUUUUUAAAAAUUUUUUAAAUUACAGUUGAUUUAUAAUAUUUUGUCAAUUUCUGCUGUACAGCAAAAUGACCCAGUCAAUCAAGGCAUUUCUAUCAGGAAACACUAGUCUGUAACUAUCUAGAUCAUUUGCCCUGUUUCCAUAUCACUGAUUUAAACACAGCUAAUUUACAUACAUAUUCAAUUUAACCCCAGAUUUCUCUUCACAGACACCCAAGAGUUGAUUCUUCCAUAAACAUGAGAAAUCACACAAUGGUGACUGAGUUCAUCCUGCUGGGAAUCCCUGAAACAGAGGGCCUAGAGAUUGUGCUGUUUUCUCUGUUCUCCUCAUUAUAUUUAUGUACUCUCUUAGGAAAUGUGCUCAUCCUUACAGCUAUCAUCUCUUCCUCCCUGCUUCAUACCCCUAUGUAUUUUUUCUUGGGAAACCUCUCCAUGUUUGAUCUGGGUUUUUCUUCAACAACUGGUCCCAAGAUGCUGUCAUACCUUUCAGGGCAGAGUCAAGGUAUCUCUUUUCAGGGCUGUGCUGCUCAGCUCUUCUUCUACCAUUUCCUGGGAUGUACUGAGUGUUUUCUGUACACAGUGAUGGCCUAUGACCGCUUUGUUGCCAUUUGUUAUCCUUUGAGAUACAUGGUCAUAAUGAACCACAGAGUGUGCUCCUUCUUGGCCACAGGGACCUGGAUGGGUGGUUGCAUCCAUGCCUUUAUCCUAACCUCCCUCACCUUCCAGUUGUCCUACUGUGGUUCUAACAAGGUGGGUUAUUACUUCUGUGACAUACCUGCAAUCUUACCUCUAGCCUGUGGGGAUACAUCUCUAGCCCAGAGGGUAGGUUUUACAAAUGUUGGUCUUUUGUCUCUCAUUUGCUUUUCUCUCAUCCUUGUUUCCUACACUCGGAUUGGGAUUGCCAUAUCAAAAAUUCACUCUGCAGAGGGCAGGAAACGAGCAUUCUCCACCUGCAGUGCACACAUUGCUGCAAUUCUUUGUGCUUAUGGGCCAGUAAUCAUCAUCUAUCUUCAACCCGAUUCCAGUGCCUUGGUGGGUGCUAUAAUUCAGAUAUUGAAUAACCUUGUAACCCCCAUGCUGAACCCACUGAUCUACAGCCUGAGAAAUAAGGAUGUAAAAUCAGCUCUGAGAAACAUAUUUCCCAAGAGGUGUCUAUCAAUGCAGGUAAUUAAAAAUAAGUUCUCCAGGUAG